UCUCUCUACAGACGAUAACGAGGUCCCGUGUGCUCGGAAGCGGAGCGGAGAGGUAGGAAAGAUCCACUGCGUUUAGAAAGGGAUGCGUCGACUUCGGGGCAGCUGAUGAGUAGACAAAGGCUAAUUUUAAGGCGAGGAAACAUUGUGGGUCGAAAUCAAAAAGUCGUCGUCUUCAAUCCCUUGGCCUGGAUCGGAGGCCUGAACCCUCUUUCGGAGGUCGUCAAGUGGUUCGGUAGGGUAGCGGCCAUGCGACUGCGUUGCCUACAACACAGCGCGCUGAAGGAGCACGAAGAGCUCGCUUGCUGACUGCUGACUUUUCUCCCCAUCCCCCUCACCCCCCGCAAAUCAUAUAUCUCUCCUAGCCCCAGCUGCUUCAAGAUAUUCGCAAGUAUGGCGGGCAAACAACCACCGACGGGGUAUGGUGCGCCGGCAGGUUAUGGACAGCCUGCUGCACCUAGUGGGUAUGGUGCACCGACUGGUUAUGGACAGCCUCCGACAUCGGGAGGUUAUGCUUCGGGUUAUGGUGCCCAGCCCGCGGCUCCUUAUGCAGCACCGCCGGCAGGACCUUAUGCAUCAGCGCCUGGGUGUUAUGGAGCGCCGGGUCAAGCUCCAGGGGGCUAUGGAGCAACGUCUGGGGCUCCUGCUGGCUAUGGAGCUCCUCCAGUUAGCGGGUAUGGAGCUCCUCCAGCACCGGGAGGAUAUGGAGGCUACUCACAGCCUCAAGGCGGCGGCUAUGGACAGUAUCCGCCACAACAAGGAGGCUACCCUGCGCCGGGCGGUGGAGGAGGCUUUCCUCCUGGAACCGAUCCCGAAGUCACAAGGUUGUUCCAGAUGGCGGAUCUUGAUAGAAGCGGUACCAUCGAUGCCCACGAACUAGGAAGGGUUUUGUCCACUGGCCGAGUUGCAUUUUCUCCGCGAACCCUUCGCCUUAUGCUGCAUCUCUUUGGUGAUCUUAAGAAUGAUUCGACCCGAAUCGGCCCGGUUGGCUUCGCGAAGCUGUGGAAAGAAAUUCAGCAGUGGAACAAGAAGUUCAGCGAGUUUGACAGGGACGGGAGUGGAUCUAUUGAUGCGCAGGAGUUGCACCAGGCUCUGAUGAGCUUCAACUUCAACAUUCCUCCGUCUGUUCUGCAGAUGCUUGUUUCUAAGUAUGAUGUCACAGGCGGGAGCAGAAGCAUUGGUUAUGACAACUUUGUGGAGUGUGGAUUUGUCGUCAAAGGCUUGACCGAGAAGUUCAAGGGACAAGACAAAUCACUCACCGGAAAUGCAACAUUCGAUUAUACAUCUUUCAUGCUUAUGGUGAUCCCUUUUGUCGCUGCAUGAGAAGGAAUCGUUCAAAUGCUUGUAGUCAUACUCCACUCGAUAGUAUGGAACGAGACAGUUCCCCUAUCAAUAUUGUAGCACAGUGAAUUUCGUAUAUCGCCUUUAAGUAGACAUGUCUUGCAUUGGAAUGUACAUACACUAUGUGCAUUAUGAACUUAGAUAGCCAGUUUUAGGUGAUUAUUGCGCAUUUGAAUCAAUGAGGCUGGAACUCGGUUACGUUUAUGGGCAAUCUUUUCUCUACCGCUCGCAUAUAACUUGAAUGCCUCCUUAAUUUGUUUGUAAUAGAUUGU